CAGGUGUAGUAGGGAGUAACGAUAACUGCGAUUCCAACACGGCCAUCGAUGACUACGUUAUCAAUACCUGACUAGACCGUCCUAUCGCCACCAACACAACAAAGAUAGAGUUAACGUCCCCCAUACAGCAAAGGUCAUUUGAGUACGGGUGUCCGGAGAGCACCUAUCAGCCCCGGGGGUCAGUCAGGGCUACUGACAGGAAAGUGUUGGGAAGCAGCGAGAAAAAAGCGAUGCCAACGGUUGCACCACGGACAGCAGACUACGCUUGGAUCCUUUAAUGUCCCAUAGGCAAAACCAUAGGAAGAACACAAUACUACAGGGGGUCCAAGUUUCACCUGAUUAGACGACAUAUUCCACAGUUUUGCAGCAACAGAAACAGCUUGAAAUUUGAUCACGCAUAGAAGACGAUGGUGCCGCACUGUUUUCGACCUUGUAAGCGGAAUUGGAUUGAGAAGUUCUUCUUAGCUGUUGUGACGUUUUCUUUUUUCUGGUAUAUCGGAUUAAAUGAUGUGUGGAGUCAGUUGGUGAAAUCGGAUCAGGGGCAAAGAGGCGUCCUUCAGCGAUUACAGAACAAGUUCUCGCUCUCAGACCUCCUGUCAGACCAGACAAACGUUCCCGCUAUCAGGUUGAUUGGCCAUCCACGACAACACAACGUGUUCCUGACCAUUGGGAUACCAACAGUGUGCCGUGAACAUCAUAGAUACCUACACACGACACUUACUUCGAUUAUAAACAACACUGCACUGACUGACCAGGAGAGAAUUCACAUCGUAGUCGCUGUGUCUUACUUAAAUGAGACAUGCGCACUUGAAGUAAAAGACACUAUAAAGGAACUAUUUAAUACCCACGUGGACUCAGGACUGGUAGAGUUAAUAGGGAUACCAGUGGAAGCAUAUCCUCAAAUACGCAACCUCCGAAGGACAUUUAACGACGAGGAGUACCGAGUGCAAUGGCGAUCAAAGCAAAAUAUAGAUUAUUCAUUUUUAAUGAAUAUUAAUGCAUACAGGGGCAAGUAUUAUAUUCAAUUGGAAGAUGACGUCACAACAGUGCAAGGGUAUUUGCAAGAAAUCGAAAAGUAUAUCGAGGAGACAAUUGAAUACUGGGCAAUACUCGAGUUUUCUUCUCUUGGCUUCAUCGGGAAGUUGUUUCGUUCUUCUGAACUACAGAAGAUGGCCAGUUUGUUACGUAACUUUUAUUCUGAACAGCCUUGUGAUUUUUUAAUGGUUCACUUCAUGCAUUUGAUGGUGCAAAAAGGUCGAUUUGUAAAGAUUCCAACUCUGUUUCAACAUCACGGAUUGCAUUCUUCUUUACCAAAUCUUCUUCGAAACGUCUCGGAUAAGUUCUACUCAAUGGGUGAGAAAACUCUGAAUGGCGAUAAUCCAACCGCAAACAUAAAUUCAUCCUUAAGAACAUACGGUGCCUAUCACCCGAUGAACGCAUAUGAUAAUAACGAGAAGAGUUUUUUUCUGGGCACAGACGCCAAGCGUUGGUGAUUGCCUGACGCUUGUAUUUAAAACUCCUCAGUGCAUCAAACGAUUUGCCAUUAUCAGCGGCUUCCCAGGAAAAACAAGCGACAUGAUUAUUGGAGGAAUUGUUGAGAUUGGAAAUAAACCUAUACUCCUGGCAGAGGGCGACGUUUACUGUUCGGAAUUAAGAUAUUUAGGGGAGAUACAUCAUGGUAAAAUCGAUGUAAGUAAUAUAACUUCAGGUUCUGGGUGUGUUCAACCCGGAAGUAGAACCUCCUGUAUCAAAUUGACUUUUACUAAGAGACAUACGGAAUGGGUCGUGAUAACAGAAAUAGCGGUAUUUACUUUUCAUUAAGUUUACUUGAAAAUGGUCUUAAAAUCUAAUAGCAGGUAUUGUGCAAUAUAAAAUACAUUUUACAACACCCCAUUUAUAUUUUUGGCAUCUUAAAUAUACCUCUUCAUCAAAAUAAUUCAUUCGUGUAUGUUGAGCUAUCAACAGUUGACUUUCUGGCAUUAGUUGUUCAGUGGGUGCUUAGAGUUAUCCAGUGGUUAGGGAAAAUUUAAAUAAAAAUAAAAAAUAAAAAUUCACAGCCUCUAAUAUCCUUUCACUGCUAUAAAUUUAUUAUGACAAAUCAAAUUUGUUUUGAGGGUGUUUUGUUGUUUACUAACCACUAGUGGAAGUAAAGCAACAUUUGACCAACUGGCGCAAGGAGGAUUUUUUUCAUAAUGUAAACAUGAUGUAUUCACAAACUAACAAUGAGUGCUUAUAAGGCCGUUUCUUUCUUCGGACCUCUUGAUAUCCAUAUUUCCUUUUAUUUUUUUCACCAAUGCUACGUUUUAUUUUUGCGAUCUUAUUUGUGCAGAUGUUUGAUUAAAAAAAGAGAUUUACGGAAAUAAAUGAUGUAGAUUUUUUAUUGUAGGAUAACCAGCGUUUAAGAAACUGAAAAUGUUCAACCCUUUUCUUCUCAAUAUAUGGAAACUAAAAUAUAACUAUAUUUAAAUAAAAUAUAUAAUGAAACUGCCUCAGUGGAGUAUAUUAAACAUUUCUGGAAUACGACAAGAAAGUUCACGGGUAAUUUUAGAUAUGAGAAAAACAUAUGUACCUAUCAAUAAUUUCUUUCGAAAGAGAUAUAUUCACAUAUAAUUUGUCAGAAGAAUUGUCAAUAAAUUACGGUUGAAAUAUGUUUGGUACCUUAACCAUUUUUAAAAAAAAGGCAUUUUUAUAUAAUAAUGUGCUUCAAAUAAUCCACAUUGUGAAAAGUCAUGCCUACUUUACUUUACCUCUCUGAAACAACGUGCCUAAGGCAGGCAGCAUCGUACCCUCCGGUCACAUUACCGAGAACAGGUACAACAGUUGUUGGAAUUAAUGCUGAACAUUGAGCAGGGAAAAACAACUAGCAUGUAUAAAGAAUUUGGUCCCAACAUGGGGACAGAUCCCAUUACCUUCUUCACUUGAUAAUACUUAAGUCAAAAGUGAGGUACUGCCAAGUAAGGCGCUAGGUAUCUAAAAGGUCGUCGAGAAUUGUACAGAAAAUUCAAGGAUCCCAAAUGUUGAGUAUAUAUGCACAGGUGUCUUCGACCACCCUGUUUGUAAAUAAUCUGAUUUUCCAUAUGUAUACAUCCGAAGAAAAAUGGUACAGAAACACAAUGUUUUCACAAAUAUGUUUUUGGAUAGUUGAGAUUGGGGUGUGAAUUUGCAUGCUUUUUCGCAGGAUGUGAAAGAUAAAUCAAUCUAGCUGCCGUUUUGACUUGCCAUAACUGUGCCAGGUUAAAUAAGUGGUGUUUUUGUUUACUUUUCAACAGUUUUCUAGGACAUUCUGCCACAAAUUUACAACCUUUAUCACCACAAGUCAUAAAAUAAACAAUCAUACCAUCUAAUUUAAAUUGGAAGAACCUGUACGGGCGACCAGCAAUUAUGCUGUUUUCCUAAACCAUUAGCAGAUGACUUAUUGUCGAGAAUAAAUUCUAAAGAAAGAAGGGUUUGUUAAGCAAAGUACAACUCGUUCAAAUAUGACUGCGUGUAACGUCAUUUAUUAGUUGAACAACACUUAUAUACACUAAGGGGAGGGAACUACUAUUGACAUUUGCCUACUUUCAUAAGACAGGGUCUGUGUGGACGAAUAGUACAGUAACACACAACAUGGGUAUGCCAAUUUCAUUCAUUUUCAAUGGUAAUAAACUGAAAGGCUUAUCAAUUGCAUUGAAUUUAAUGUCGUUUUGCAAUUUUAUUCGCCUAUUCCGACUUUAUAAUGCUAUCUCACUGAAAUACCAAGCCGAAGGCAUCCAGCAGGGCAUUCCACCCGGUCACAUUAUACUGACAACGGAUGAACACUGCAACAGUAUUGGUUAAGCCAUUAUGAGUUAUCGCCCUUGAUGUGAAACUCUCCAAUAGCGUUGGUAAUAAAGUCAGUCUUAGUCCGCCAUUCGAAGAGUUGAG